AUGUUGACUUAUUUAUCGGCUGGCGCCGAUGAUGAAAAAGAUUCCUGUACCAUCCCGUCCAUACCAUGUUACUCGGAUUCGUCUAUUGAACAUUUGAUAAAACUUCCGGCGAACGUUCCGGAACGCGAAGAUAAAAUACUUGUUGUCGUUUUACUAUCGAUCACAUUCUUCGUACAGAUGUUUUCACGUGACUUUUGUACGCCGUUUUUUGAACCGUCUUCGGUGACUCUUCCACAACGGUUGCAGAAUUCUUUACCGCUGUUGCCUAUUUUGAACAUUGUUGUCAGCGUAUUGCUUACAAUUCCAGCUUGCCUAACCAUCAACAAGUAUGAGUUAGAAGUAUUAUCGGUUGUUGCUCAACAAAUAUUAACCAUUCAACGUGGUAUACAAGCAGAUCUAACUAGAAUAAAUUUUGAAGGUUCUUCAUUAAUAUUAGAUAAAACCUGUGCUGUAUUUAUUACCAUGAACCCGGGAUAUGCUGGACGUUCAGAAUUGCCUGAUAAUUUAAAAGCGUUAUUUCGUCCAGUAGCAAUGAUGGUACCAGAUUAUGCACUCAUAUCUGAAAUAGUUUUGUACUCUCAAGGAUUUAACUCAGCGCGGUCGUUAUCUGUAAAAAUAGUGGUGACUUAUAAACUGUGUUCUGAACAACUCUCAUCACAGAAUCAUUAUGACUAUGGAAUGAGAGCUGUGAAAACAGUUUUAACAGCGGCUGGUAAUUUAAAAUUGAAGUAUCCUGAAGAAGAUGAAAACAUACUUAUUUUGCGGUCGAUCAAUGAUGUAAACUUACCAAAAUUUCUUGGACAUGAUAUUCCUCUUUUUAAAGGAUUAGUAUCAGAUUUAUUUCCCGGUAUUGUGUUACCACAACCAGAUUAUGAAAUAUUAAAUAUGUGUAUUAAAGAAUCGUGUGAAAAAUUAAAUCUUCAGUGUACAUCGUACUUCUUAGAGAAAAUACAACAAAUUUAUGAAAUGAUGAUUGUAAGGCAUGGUUUUAUGAUAGUAGGACUGCCAUUUAGUGGUAAAACUUCGGCAUAUAGAGUACUUGCCGGUGCAUUAGCAAUUAUUGAAGAAAAGAAAUUAAUGGAUGAACAUAAAGUUGAAAUUAUGGUUAUUAAUCCAAAGUCAAUAACUUUGGGUCAGUUGUAUGGGCAAUUUGAUAUGAUAUCACAUGAGUGGUUUGAUGGUAUUAUAGCUGUUGGAUUCCGAAAAUUUGCUUCAUCUGAAAACUUAAAUAGAAAAUGGCUGUUGUUUGAUGGUCCAGUUGAUGCAAUAUGGAUUGAAAGUAUGAAUACGGUACUCGACGACAACAAAAAACUGUGCUUAAUAUCUGGUGAAAUCAUUCAACUUGCUAACACAACUAAUUUAAUAUUUGAGCCAAUGGAUUUAGAUGUAGCAUCUCCUGCAACGGUAUCUAGAUGUGGAAUGAUUUUAAUGGAACCAAGUGCUUUAGGUUGGGAAUGUUUAUUGCAAUCGUGGAUUAAACAGUUAUCAUCAAACAUAACUAUUCAUUAUAAACAAAUGUUGCAAUCACUUAUUUUGAGAUUUAGCUAUCCAAUUUUAUACUUCAUAAGACGAUGCAAUAUUACAGAAGUUUUUCCGUCUAACGAUUCAAAUCUUAUUAGAUCAUUAACAAAUAUUUGUGAAACGUUUAUGGAUUUAUAUAGUAAUGAAGAGCACAUGAAGACCGUUUCACAAUCUGAUCUUAGAGCUCAGCUUGAAGGUAUGUUUUUCUUUUCGUGUAUUUGGUCAAUGGGGGCAACUCUUGAUGCACAGAGUCGAGCCAGAUUUAAUAUUUUGUUUCGUGCAUUAUUGGAAAACAAAUUCCCUAAUAAAGUCGUCCAAUCUUUCAAAUUACCUACUGAAUUAUGUUCUUCACCUAAAAAAUCUUACACAAAUUGUCCUCCUAAAGAAUAUUCAGUCUUCGAUUAUAGAUUUAUUCUAGAAGGUCAAGGUAAAGGAGAGUGGAAGUUGUGGUCAGAUUAUGUAACAGAAGCACCACCUAUACCUCAAGGCAUACCUUUCAAUGAUAUUUUAGUGCCAACAAUUGAUGUAAUUAGACAUCAAGUGAUUAUGUCAAUGUUGAUUACACAUCAUUUACCAAUGAUGACGGUAGGAAACACUGGAACUGGAAAAUCAACAUACACCAUGAAUUACUUAUUCAAAAAGAUCGAUAAAACUUUAUAUCAAUCAUCAUUUAUUAAUUUCUCAGCCCAUACAUCAGCUAAUUUAACACAAGAUAUAAUUAUGAAUAAGCUAAUCAAGAGAAGACGAGGGAUAUUUGGUCCUCCAGUUGGUACAAAGUGUAUUAUCUUUAUUGAUGACAUUAGCAUGCCUCAAAAAGAAUAUUAUGGAGCACAGCCACCCAUUGAACUUUUAAGGCAGUUCUUAGAUAAAUUUCCAUGGUAUGAUCGUAAAGAGCUUGUACCAAUGGCUCUGCAAGAUGUAUUAUUAAUCUGUGCUAUGGGUCCACCAUCGACAGGAAAUUCAGUCUCUCCAAGGUUUAGUCGACAUUUUAAUAUUAUUGUUAUCAAUGCGUUUGAUGAUUCAACCAUGGUAUCGAUAUUCAGUAAAAUACUAUUAUGGCACUUAGAUACAAGAGGUUUUAGCAGAGAAUUUGCUUCGUGCAUGCAUCAAUUAGUUAAUUCAACACUGGAACUUCAUAAGAAAAGCAUCAUUCAUCUACUUCCAACGCCUUCUAAAUCACAUUAUUUAUUCAAUUUGAGAGAUUUUUCGAAAGUCAUACAGGGGGUUAUGUUUUCUGUUCCUGAAACUAUUGAAAAUGCCAUUGCUAUGAAACGACUCUGGAUACACGAAAUUCUUAGGGUAUAUUAUGAUCGAUUAGUAGAUGACUCCGACUGUUCGUGGUUUUUUCAAAACCUAAGUGCAGUCUGUAAAGAGAUUCUAAAAGAAAAUAUAAAUGAUAUAUUCAGGCACUUAAUUAAUGGGCCAAAUGAAAAUGUUGGUCAAAAUGAAUUACGACAGUUAAUUUAUUGUGAUUUUUCCAAUCCCAAAGCUGACACUAGAAAUUAUAUUGAAGUACACAAUUUAAAUAAUCUUCGAUUAAUCGUUGAAAGAUACUUAAAUGAAUUUAAUAAUAUGAGCAAGAAACCGAUGCAUUUAGUUUUAUUUAGAUUUGCUAUUGAACAUCUUUCAAGGAUUUGUCGAAUUCUCAAGCAACCUCGAGGACAUGCUUUACUAGUCGGUUUGGGGGGAUCAGGCCGCCAGUCACUAACAAGGCUUGCAGCUCACAUAUCCGAAUAUGAUUUGUUUCAGGUACAAAUGACACGUCUGUAUGGAACUAAUGAAUGGCAAGACGAUUUGAAAAAUAUACUUGGGCGUGCAGUAUCUAGCUUAGACCAGCAUGUUGUAUUUUUAUUCAACGACUCCGAAAUUAAAAUGGAAAGUAUGGUAGAAGAUAUAAAUAACUUAUUAAAUUCAGGGGAAGUACCAAAUUUGUAUACAGCAGAAGAAAAGAUUGAGUUAUGCGAUAAAAUCCUUGUUAUAGAUAAGCAGCGUGACAAAUCUAUACAGACUGAUGGUAGUAUGUCAGCUGUAUUUAACUAUUUUAUUCAAAUUGUGAAAGAACAACUGCAUGUAGUAUUAGCUUUCAGUCCAAUUGGAAACGAUUUUCGUACAAGAAUAAGAAAGUUUCCUUCAUUAGUUCAAUGUUGUACAAUUAAUUGGUUUCAGAACUGGCCAUCGGAUGCUUUGUUGGCUGUAGCUACAAAUUUCUUAGAUGCAAUUGAUUUAACUGAACAUGAACGAAAUGUUUGCGUUACUAUGUGCCAAAAGUUUCAUUUAACGUCUCAACAUUUAUCAGUCGAAUUUGAAGUUAGAUCACAACGUAAGACGUAUGUUACACCUACGUUAUAUUUAGAACUAAUGUCUACUUUUAAAGAUCUAUUGGGGAAAAAAAGACAGGAGAUUUUAAUGGGAAAACGUCGAUAUGAAGUAGGUUUAGAAAAAUUGCAAACUGCUGCUGAUGAUAUAUCAAUAAUGCAAGAAGAAUUAAAAGACUUACAACCAAAAAUUAUGGUUGCCGCAGCUGAGGUAAAAGUUAUAAUGCAAAAAGUGGAAAAAGAAAACCAAGAGAUUUCCAAAGUGAAACAAAUAAUUCAAAAAGAUGAAGAAGAAGCUCAGGAAACAGCAGAAGGAGCGCAAAAGAUCAAAGACGAGUGUGAUCUUCACAUGGAAGCCGCAAGACCUGCAUUAAAUAAUGCAUUAGCAGCACUAAAUACCUUGACACCCAAUGACAUAACUUUUGUAAAAUCCAUGAAAAAUCCACCAAGACCGGUCAAAUUAGUCAUGGAAGCGGUUUGCAUUAUUAAAGACGUGAAACCUGAAAAAAUCUUAGAUCCAACUACUGGAAAAACAUCAGAUGAUUAUUGGGUAGCAUCGAAAAAACUUCUAAAUGAUAUGAAAUUUUUAGAACAUUUAAUCAAUUUUGAUAAAGAUAAUAUUCCACCAAGAAUAAUGAAAGUCAUCAAUGAAAAAUAUAUAAAUAACCCUGAAUUUGACCCUAAUAAAAUAAAAUAUGCUUCGGUAGCUGCUGAAGGAUUAUGUAAAUGGGUAAUAGCCAUGUCAAGUUAUGAUGUCGUAGCAAAAGAAGUUGCGCCAAAAAAAUUAGCACUUGCAGAAGCUGAGGCAGUAUAUAAUAAUGCAAUGAGUGCACUAAAUAGUAAACGUGAACAACUUACUGAAGUUGAAAAAAAAAUGAAAGUUGUUCAAGAUGAUCUUGAAGAAAAUGAACGCAAAAUGAAAGCAUUUCAGGAUGAAGCUAAUAAUGUGCAAUUAAAACUUCAGCGAGCUGAAGAGUUAAUUGGUGGUUUAGGUGGUGAAAAACAACGAUGGGCACAAAUGGCCAUAGAUCUUGGAAAGUCGUAUCUAAAUCUUACAGGAGAUAUAUUAUUAAGUUCUGGUAUCAUUGCAUAUUUGGGUCCAUUUACUAUGGAUUUCCGAAAUAAACAAAUAAAACAAUGGCUUCAAGAUAUAGUCAAUAAUAAUUUAGUGUGUGCUAAAAAUUAUCAACUAAGUACUGUUCUAGGAAAUCCAGUAGAUAUCAGAGCAUGGAACAUAGCUGGACUACCUACAGACUCAUUCUCUACAGAUAAUGGAAUCAUUGUCUUAAAUUCUAGACGAUCAGCACUUAUGAUUGAUCCUCAAUCUCAAGCAAAUAAAUGGAUAAAAAAUAUGGAGGCAGAUAAUUCAUUAAGUAUUAUACGGUUCACUACUCCGAAUUAUACAAAAAUAUUAGAACAUGCUAUAGCCAAUGGAACACCUGUACUGUUGGAAAAUAUUUACGAAGAAUUAGAUCCCGUCUUGGACCCCGUGUUAUUAUCUCAAGUGUUUAUAUGUGGAAGUACAUAUUGUUUAAAAUUAGGAGAAACAAUUGUUGAGUUCAAUGAUCGAUUCAGACUUUACAUUACAACAAAGCUUAGAAAUCCUCACUACUUGCCAGAUAUAUCAGUUAAAGUAGUUCUUUUAAACUUUGUCAUAACUCCAAUUGGGUUUGAAGAUCAGUUAUUAGGUGUAGUCGUUGCUAAAGAUAGACCUGAUUUAGAAGCAGAAAAAAAUCAACUUAUAAUACAAGGAGCUGAAAAUGCCAAAUCAUUAAAAGAUAUUGAAGAUAAAAUUUUGCAAGUUUUAAGUUCUUCUGAGGGAAAUAUCUUAGAAGACGAAGAAGCUGUAAAUAUAUUGAGUUCGUCAAAAACUCUUGCUAAUGAAAUCGAAGUUAAACAAUCUAAGGCGAAAAUUACUGAACGAACAAUCGAUAAAACUAGACACCAAUACAAACCUGUCGCUACAUAUUCUACAACACUGUUUUUUAUAAUUGAUUCACUGGCUAACAUUGAUCCAAUGUAUCAAUAUUCACUAACAUGGUUUAUAAAUUUAUUUAUAAUGGCUAUAGAAAAUAGUCCUAAACAUGAAAAAAUUGAAGAACGUAUAAAAGCACUAAUAAAUUAUUUCACUUAUUCUCUGUAUGUUAAUAUAUGCAGAAGUUUAUUCGAAAAAGAUAAACUUCUAUUUUCGUUAAUUAUGGCUGUUAGACUAUCGUCAGAAAUAAACCCAGAGGAAUGGCUUUUUUUUUUGACCGGAGGCGUAAACUUAUCUAAUCAAAUAACAAAUAAAAUUAGUUGGCUACAAGACAUAGGAUGGGAUGAACUUUGCAGACUUGAUCACCUACCAACAUUUAAAGAUAUAAGAGUUGAUUUUGAGAACAAUGAAGAUAAAUGGAAACUAAUUUAUGAUUCACCUGAACCACAUUUGAUUGAUUUUCCGGAACCUUGGAACACGGUUUUGAAUUAUUUUCAAAAAUGCAUCGUAUUACGGAUCAUUAGAUAUGACAAAAUAUUACCUGCACUUCAAUACUUUAUAUCAAAUGAAUCAAUUUUGGAAAGUAAAUAUGUUGAACCACCGCCGUUUGAUUUAGCUGCAUCUUUUGAAAGUUCAAAUUGUGUGACUCCUUUGAUAUUUAUACUAACCCCUGGCGCUGAUCCUACAUCAAUGUUGAUUAAAUAUGCUGAUAAAAUGGGCUUUGGUUAUCGUUUAACAUCAUUGUCAUUAGGUCAGGGUCAAGGCCCUAUAGCUACUAAAUUAAUUAAUGAAGCAACAAGAACAGGCAAUUGGGUAUUGUUGCAAAAUUGUCAUUUAGCUAAGAGUUGGAUGCCUGAACUCGAAAAGAUUUGUGAAAGUUUUUCGGUUGAACAUACCAAUUCUGAGUUUAGACUUUGGUUAACAUCUUAUCCCGUGGAAUAUUUUUCCGUGUCUGUACUUCAAAAUAGCGUUAAGAUGACUAAUGAACCGCCAAAAGGACUUCGAGCCAAUAUACAUAGAUCAUUUACUAGUGAUCCGAUUACAAAUGAAGAUUUUUUCGAGGGCUGUAAAGUGCAAAGUGUAAGUUUUAAGAAACUGAUUUUCAGCUUGUGCUUCUUUCAUGCUUUGGUUCAAGAGCGUCGCAAUUACGGUCCAAUCGGAUGGAACAGACUGUACGAGUUCAACGAAACUGACCUCAGAAUUAGCGUAGUACAAUUACAGAAUUUUCUGAACGAAUAUCCCAAUGUCCAGUUCGAUGCCUUGCGUUAUCUUACCGGUGAAUGCAACUACGGUGGACGUGUAACGGACGAUUGGGAUCGUCGUUGUCUGACCACAUGUCUACACAAAUUCUACACCAAAUCGGUUAUUAAAACGAGCAAUUUCAAGUUUGAUAAAGCUGGAGUUUAUUACUGUCCUGAUUUAAAAGAAUACGAUCAAAUCUUAGAACACAUUCAAGAAUUUCCGUUAGUUACAAAACCUGAGAUUUUUGGUCUGCAUGAAAAUGCUGAUCUCAUUAGAGAGCGCCAAGAAAGCGAAUUAAUUCUCAGUUCCGUUCUUAAGACACAAGAUUCGAAAACUACCGGUGGCGAAGGUGGAUCGUCCGAAGAUCUGAUUUUAACAUUUUCCACAGACAUCCUUAACCAAUUGCCGAACAAAUUCGACGUUACACUCGCACUUGAAAAAUAUCCUACCACUUACAAUCAGUCUAUGAAUACAGUUCUGGUACAAGAAAUGGGUCGGUUUAACAAACUAUUGGACGUCAUUCAAUUUAGCCUGACAAACUUACAGAGAAGUGUUAAAGGAUUAAUUUUAAUGUCUAACGAACUAGAAGAAGUUUAUCAGAGUAUCUUAGUAAGCAAAAUUCCAGUGGUCUGGGCUAACAGUUCAUAUCCAUCGCUAAAACCAUUGGGAAGUUAUAUUAAAGAUUUUUUGCAGCGAAUGGCAUUUUUACAGAAAUGGUACAUUUAUGGAACUCCAAAUUCAUUUUGGAUAUCUGGCUUCUAUUUUACACAAGCAUUUUUAACAGGAUCCCAACAAAAUUUUGCAAGAAAGUUUCAAAUACCUAUAGAUUUGUUGACCUUUGACUAUAAGAUUAUGGACAGAAAAAUGAUAGUAAGUUCAGCACCUGAAAAUGGUGUUUACGUUUAUGGACUAUUUUUGGAUGGAGCAAGGUGGAGUAAUAAAAAAUCGAGUCUUAAAGAGUGUAAGGCAAAACAACUAUACUCCAGAAUGCCAAUAAUUCACAUGAUACCAAUAAAAAAAGAAGAUUUGAAAUUUGACACUGUUUAUUUGUGUCCAAUGUACAAAACAGCUGAAAGAAAAGGCACAUUAUCUACUACAGGGCAUUCAACUAACUUCGUUAUUGCUUUAUGGAUACCAACAAUUAAACAGCCAGAACACUGGAUAAUGAGAGGCGUUGCUCUAUUAUGUCAACUAUCGCAAUAAAUAUGUCAUUUAUUGAUAUAAUUUGUUGUAGUACAUUUUAGAUGUUGA